CGUUCAGGAUAACACGUAUGACCCACACCCUUCCCUUUCGUCAAGCCCUUCCCCGACCAGCCGCCACGGCCCCUCAUGCUCUCCCACCUGCCGCCGCCAAGCAUGCUUGCCUCCGGCCAGCCGCCCCUGUUGACCCUGCUGCCCUCACCGCCGGCGGUCCCUGGCGAGCAACCUCUACAGAUACGCGGGAUCCAGCCGCCGGCGCCAUGGAUUCCGUCUCCAUUCCCCAAUCGAUCGUCCUCAUGGCCAGCCACCGCAUCCAGCCGCCGCCGCCAUGGAUUCCGCCUCCAUUCCCCAAUCGAUCGUCCUCAUGGCCAGCCACCGCCGGUGAGUUACGCCACCACGCCUAAUGCCCCCCUGCCAGUCACCACUGCUCCAUAGAUGUACAUUAAUUCCAUCAAAUUCCUUCGUCUUCCCCGCUUUUAUGUCGCAAACCCUUCCACCUCCAUGCCACAAAUGCAUAUGAAACGGCCUCACAACUCAAUUUACGGCCCUCAUUAUCUCUUGCUUCAUUACCCUGCAAAUGCGGAAAAGAUUGUGCUUAUAACCCCUCUGCCAUACGCAUCGUCGACCACGAACGCCUGCUCACAUCCACGGCUGGGAACCAACUUCAGCCCUACUAGGUUGUGCUAGGGAUGAAAGGAUGCUGAGCGUGUAGGUUUUUUGCUGCUCGGAUUGGCCACAUUACAUCACAGAUUGCUCUCUGGAUCGAAAGGUUCUUCAACUUCUGCUUAGUAGGUCUCUUGCUCCUCGGAUUGGCUUCAAUUCAUUUUUGCAGCGGUCUCCUGCUUCUUCCAUUGGAAAAUUACAUCAAUGGAAUCCACUACAGCCCUUAAAACCAUCACUCUUGGUCAACAGAGUUGUAAGGUAUUUGGACGACUCUUGCGCCUAUGGGAUGCAAUAAACAUGAAAUCCAAGUUUGCGGAUCCUCUCAUCAGCAUUGAUGGUGUCCUUUUAGAUGAAGAUGGCAAUAUGGCGCAGAUCAGUGUACCCAAAAAAUUUCAUAGACAAUUCCGCCCCUUACUCACAGAAGGACAUGUCUACAUCUUCAAUGAUAUUGCAGCUGUUGAUAUAAAAAACAAAACCCAUAUAUACCACCACCAAAACUAUAUGUUGCAAUUCAAGCACAGCACUAAGGUUCACCGACUUGAGAGCAGAGGAACAAAUAUACCAAAGUUUUCCUUCAAUUUUUGUCCAUUUGAUAAUCUAUCAGAAAAAGAUACUUUUGCAAAACCACUUCAAGAUAUAAUAGGAGUCAUUAGCCACAUUGGGCCAUUUGAUUAUGCAAGUCAGACAUCUACAAAUAAACUCAGGAAAAUCAAAAUUCGAAACCUAGAUGAACAGACACAAGAAAUACGUCUUUGGGGCCACCAUGGUGAAACAUUUGAUGAAGAAGCAGUACUCAAAAAAUCACAAGAAGGCAUUGUAGUUGGCAUUUUUGCGGGUCUCACAGCUGGGAGCUUUCUAGGUACCCUGCAUGCAUCAUCAACCUCUGCAACAAAAGUUUACAUUGACUUGGAUACAUCUGAAGUUAAAAACUACCAAACCAGCUAUAAAUGGGAAUCUCCAGCUCUGCGACAGCAACUACCUCAGGUUAUGCAUUUAUCUCCUAUUCAAGCAGCAGGGAAAAUGUACACACUUCAACAAAUAUCAGAUAUGCCGAACUCAAAUUUUCAGGAAGGAGCUACCUAUAGCACCAUUGCAAAAGUUAAAUCUACUGUACCUUCAACUAAUUGGUACUACAAAGGAUGCAAACAUUGUGACAGAGGAUACAACAACAAUUCAGAUACUCCAACAUGCCUUUGCACAAAUUCAUCUCCAAAGCCAUUGUACAAGCUACCAAUUACACUUACAGAUGACUCAGGAGAUUUAGAUGUCAUUGCUUUCUCUAAAAUUGCUGAAGAACUGGUUGAGCGAGAUGCCAUCCAAGCUUCUCAAAACAUGAAAGUUGAUACCGCGGAACAUGUGACCGCACUAGAUAAUGCCAUUGGGAAAACCAGAUUGUUCUACAUAGGAAUGAAGGUUGAUUUAGUAUCCAGAUUCCCCAUAAGUUAUGUCAUAAAGAAAAGCUUCCCAGUUGACAAUGCACAAAUGCUUCCCUCCACAAAGUCAACUCCAAGCAAAGAACUGGUGAACAGUCCAUCAUCACCAAAGAGCAUCCAGAGUCCGGGGAGCCUAACACAAGUCCACUUGGGCAAUACUAUUCCUCCCCCUUGCCAAUCUGCAACUAUGGACACCGACAAAAACAUAAAUAGGUACUCUUCAGCGAAAAGAAGCAUCGAAUUUACAGAAGAUGGAGCCACCAACAAAGAGGGUCAACAACAGGAACAUCAACAGGAACAUCUUCAGGAUACACAAGUGCAUCUCCAGGUUGUCAAAAAGCAUAAGCAAGACAUUGCAGAUAACAAUGUGAAAAUGAACAACUAUGAAGGACAAGAGGAUAACAGUAAUAAAAACACAUAGGGCACCGUCAACAACCAUGCAAGGACCAGGGCAUCUUCAAGAUGCACGAAAAGCACCUACGGAUUGCACCACCUUCCACUGAAAAUUACCUCCAAACUAUCAUUAGAACUACUUAUGAUCAGCCUAAGCAUGUCGUCAGAUAUCGACUAAGAUUAUGUAAUAAGUCUGAAUUGUGAAAUCUAUGGAUUUGUAUGCACUUUUAUUAAGCUGAUCAUGUCAGUUUUGCUUCCAACUGGUGUCAAAACUUUUCCUUACAAUUGUUUCAAAUAUAUACUAUCUUCCUGUGAUGUUUUGUUCUCAAUAUAUACUAUCUUCC